CUUUUUAACUUUUCCUUAUUUGUGCAGGGUUAGGACUUAGGACCAGCAUAUAAAAAAAGAAGAGUGGAGAAGGAAUCAACGGCCGCCAUAGGAAGGAAAGAGAUCGAGAGAGGGAAGAAUCCAUAGAGUCGAUCGGAGCUCUCCAACUUUGGUGAUGGGGCGUGGAUUUGAGUUUUACUUUGGACCAUUCUCAUUAACUUAUACUUUGGGGAAAGGAUUUUCCUGGCGAACCGACUUCGGACCUCUGGAUCGAGCGCCUAAUGCUCUGGUAUCCUCUGAAAAGGCUGUCAUGGACUACUUCACUGAGUUUGGGGUUCCGAAUCAGAACAUCAAAACUGUUAAGCUUGUGAAGCCCAAAUUCCCCAAGGACCCCAUGGCGCGGUACUGCAAUACCAUCCUUGAAAAUUUUGCAGAGUCUCUCAUGGAUGACGGAAGCAGUCUCGAAAUCUUGCACGAGAAGCUGAUCCAGUAUUGUGGAGUUGAAAUUGAGUAUCAGCAGGGAAGGUAAUCAGGUUUCCAGGAUUUGAUAAUGUACAGGGUGUGUUUAUUGUCCCUUAGUUUACUCUGUACGCAUGUUCUUAUUACUAUUUUGGAGUUGCUGUGAUGGAGUUUGAUCCAUUGUUAAUGUAUGUAACUAUGUAUGGAUGUACUGGCUGAGACUCCUGUGAAUAACAAGUAUAAGUUAUGCAUUUCCCAUA